AUUUCUGGUGGUAUACCAAAAUGCCUAAACUAUCUCACGGCUAUAAUUCAAGUGGAUUCAGAGUUUGAUAGGGCAUUUCGUCUUCUAUACUAUGGAGGCUUCGAGAGUGCAUUUGUAACAUGGAAAGGAAAGGAAGCCGAGUACAUAAAUACUCUUAAUUUGGUGAAACUCAUUGAUCUUUCAAGCAACAAUUUAGUAGGUGAUGUUCCUGAUGAAAUUACCAGUCUUGUAAUGGUAGUUGGAUUGAACUUUUCAAUAAAUAACCUAUCUGGAUUCCUUCCUACAAAUAUUGAACGACUAAGGACUUUGGAUUUUCUUGAUUUUUCGAGAAACCGCUUCUCUGGUGGUAUUCCUAGUGGUGUUUCUCAGGUAGAUCAACCUGGAGUGUUAGAUUUGUCAUACAAUAACUUCGCAGGCAAAAUUUCACAAAGCAUUCAUUUACAAACUUUCAAUGCUUCUGCAUUCAAGCGAAAUCUUGUACUUUGUGGCCUUCCACUUACAAAAGCUUGUUCAGGAGAUAAAAUUGCUCAGAUCCCGAAGACCAAUGAUAAUGCUAAUGGGAUGAAAACCCCAGAAGAUGAGGACAACCUUAUCAAUGAUGGAUUUUACAUUAGUAUGGCAAUUGGUUUUAUUUUUGGAUUUUGGGGAGUGUGUGGAACUUUAGUGUGCAAUAACUCGUGGAGGAUUGCAUUUUUCAAGUUGUGGAAUAGCGUAAUGGAUUGGUUGUCCUUAAAGAUAGCUGUCAAUAAAAUUUGA